AUGCCCGACCUCGUCAAUAAACAAGUCGGCCCAAUCGGCCUGGGCCUGAUGGGCCUCACAUGGCGCGCAACUCCUCCGCCCCAGGAACAAGCAUUCGCGACUCUGCGCGCCGCCAUCGCCAACGGCUGCUACUGCUGGAACGGCGCCGAGUUUUACGGUACCGCAGAGUACAACAGCCUCGUACUCCUCGAGCGCUACUUCGAAAAGUACCCUGCAGACGCCGAAAAAGUCGUCCUCGGCAUCAAGGGAGGCAUCAACCCCGAAACACACCAGCUGGACGCCUCGCCCGAGAACACGCGGCGCACGCUAGACACCUGCAUCGCGCAGCUCAAGGGGCGCAAGAAGAUCGACAUCUUCGAGUUCGGGCGCCGCGAUCCGAACGUCCCGCUGGAUGUCACUUUUGGCGUCAUCGACAGGGAGUAUAUCCAGACUGGCAAGAUCGGGGGGAUUGCUCUGUCUGAGGUACGUGCUGAGACUAUCCAUGAGGCGGUCAAGUAUACGAAGAUUGUAGCUGUUGAGGCGGAGCUUUCCUUGUUUACGCGUGAUAUACUGGAUAAUGGCGUUGCGGGUGCUUGUGCGCAGUAUGGGAUUCCGAUUGUCGCAUACUCGCCUAUGGGCCGGGGGAUGUUGACGGGGAAGCUGAAGCGGUAUUCAGAUCUGGCGGAGGACUCGCUGCUGCUGCAGUUUGGGUUUCCGCGUUUCCAGCGGGGGAACUUUGAGGAGAAUAUACGGCUUGUGGAUAUGCUUAAGGAGAUUGCGGCCAGAAAGGGAUGCACGCCUGCGCAGCUUGCGAUUAAUUGGACUAUUGCGUUGGCGCGGCGGCUGGGAACGACGAUUAUCCCCAUUCCUGGGGCGUCGACGGCUGAACGUGUUCUGGAGAAUAGUAGGCUUGUGGAGGUGUCGGAUGAGGAGCUGGGCCAGAUUGAUGCUAUACUGAAGGACUUCACUCCUGCUGGUGGGCGCUAUCCUCCUAUUAUCCAAGUCGACACUUAG